UAAACCCCUCAGAGAGAAAUUGCGCCGAACCAUACCUUGAGAGGAAGCAGUCAUGCAUGCAACUCUCCACCUGUCACCUUCUCCCCUCCUUCGCCGGCCUUCCCACUUGCCCCAACUCUAAAAAUACCACAUUGCUUCCACCGCCCCCCUCCCCCCAUUUCUUCUCCCUUACUUCUUCUCCUUUCAUCUUCCUUCUUCCCAAAACCUCGCCUUUAAGUACAACUCCACCACAAGUUCGAAUCUUUGGGGAGAAGUGUAGGAGAACUCAGUCUCUCGUCACUUCUCACUUCUCACUCUAUCUCUCUCUCAAUCCUCCUUGAGCAGAGACUGAAACCAGUUGCAGAGAUCAAUGGACAGGCUAAUAAAAAUCGAACCGACGAACGAGGUCGCCAUCCGUGUCGAAACCGGCCAACGCUGCUCCGGCAUGCUCACCCUUAGAAACGUCAUGUACACCAUGCCGGUGGCCUUCCGCCUCCUUCCACUUAACCGAAACAGGUUCUCUAUCCGUCCUCAAACUGGUAUCAUCGCUCCCCUCGCCACCCUCACCGUGGAAAUCACCUACCUACCUCCGCUAGCACCGGCCCCAUUUGUCCCAGACUCCGCGCCGGAAUCCGAUGACACCUUCUUCCUCGACUCCGUUGUCUCCCCCGGCGCUGUUUUCAAAGACGGCGUUUCUGCCACUGCGCUGGACGCCGUGCCAGCCGACUGGUUCACCGCGAAGAAAAAACAAGUUUUCUCUGAUUCCGCCCUUCGUGUCUACUACGUCGGCUCGGCUGUAUUAGCUCGACUCGUGGAUUCAGGAGAGAUGGAAAAGGUUCGCGAGGUGUUGGAGAGGAGCGACCCGGCUUGGGGAUCUGCUAAUUCUUCUGAUACGAACGGCCAGAGUCUCCUCCACCUCGCAAUUGCAAGCAGCCGCGCGGAUCUCGUGCAGCUCAUUCUCGAAUUCGGAGCAGACGUGGAGGCGAGAAGCAGAACAGGGCAGUCGCCGCUAGAAACGGCGGCGGCUGCAGGGGAGACUUUGAUUGCGGAAUUACUCCUUGCUCGUGGGGCAUCCACGGAGCGAUCAAUUGGAUCUCCCAUGGGUCCAAUUCACCUCGCGGCGGCCGGGGGACAUACCGAGCUUCUCCGGCUUCUACUCCUAAAAGGCGCGGCGCCUGAUGCUGCCACUGCUGACGGACGUACGUCGCUGCAUCUGGCAGCAGCGUUGCAGCGCCGGGAAUGCGCGGAGCUACUGCUUUCCGCCGGCACACGUGCCGACGUCUUAGGAGGACCGGCGAAUGAGACUCCUCUGCACCUCGCUGCGGCGGCGGGGGACGAGGCAACGACUCGGCUGCUGAUAUCGAGCGGCUGUGCUGGAUUGAGGGAAGCCAGGAAUGGCGCCGGGAAGACUGCGUUCGAUGUUGCGGCGGAGGAAGGCCAAAGGCGGCUCUUUGAUCUUCUUAAAGCCGGCGAGGGUCUCGCCACGGCGGCUAGGAGCGGGGAUGUCAGGGCAGUUGUGAGGGCGAUCGAGAUGGGGGCGGCAGUGGAUGGAAAGGAUGGGUUUGGGUGGACUGCGUUGAUGCGCGCCGGAUUCAAAGGCAGGGUUGAAAUAAUGAAAGUUCUGAUUGAAAAAGGAGCGAGCUUGGAUGCGAGGGACGAAGCAGGGUAUACGGCUCUGCACUGCGCAGCGGAGGCGGGACAGGUAGAAGCGGUUGAGGUUCUCGUUAAGCGAGGAGCGGAUGUGGAGUUAAAGACGGGGAAGGGAAAGACGGCACUGGAGAUCGCGACGACGUUAGGCUAUACUGGAAUUGUGAGGAUUCUGGUUAAUGGAGGAGCAGUGGCUGGGUUAUCAAUAGCAAUCUGCAAUGUUUCAGGUUAUGGGCAGCAGGAAACUCUUCCGAAGGGAACUAUCCUUGGUGCUUUCGUUGAGAGUUACUCUGUCCGCCCUGGAUGGUUGGUAACGGCAGUGAGUAAUUCUUCAAGGAUUUCGAAGUUGAAUUUCGAUGACAUCAUGGGUCUAAUGUUAAAUGAAGAAGUUCGCAGAAAAGCAGCAAAUUGUGAAACUUCAGGUUCUGUGAUGAAUGAUGAUAACAGAAAAAGGAAUUUGGGUAAGAAUACAGGCAGAGGUAGAUCCAAGUCCAAGACAGGAAAGCCCAUGUCAAGCAGAGGAGAAUGCUAA